UAACCGAUCAGAUGGUUAAUUAAACGUGAUUUUUACCUUUGAAAUUGCCGCUGUUCAGAAUAUGUCAUGUUCGGAAUGUGAGACAAAACGGUACAUAUAAUUCAGCUAAAUAAUUAUAUUUUAGUUAUUUAGUGUAGAACUGUAAGAGACGUUUUUCCCAGGGGCCACGGAACGUUUGUAUGAUCUCAAAGAAGGCCAUCAUAGCUUUGUAAAGGUUGUGAACCGCUGUUCUACAGACAAUGCAAUGAAUGUGGGAUGAGUUGGUUUUGUUUCUAUUUGACAGCAUCCAUCGAGAGACAAAUCAUGCGCCCUUGAUAAUAAAUGAGAGAGGAAUUAGAUACCUAGAUGGUAUGAAAGUUAAAUUGAUUGAAAAGAAUGAAAAACCUCAGAAAGCAAAAUUUUAAUUGAUUUAUUAAGGUUUAUGUUGCACAAAGAUUAACCUUAGUUACUAUCAAUAAAGAAUCAAAAUAUUCUUGCUAAUUCUUAGAAUUUAUUCAUUUCAUGGCUCCCUAUGAUGUGCCUAGUACGAUAUUCAUUGUUAUCAUUAUCAAUCAACUAGUGCAGAUGGCAGCACUUGUAGACGAUAUCUCCGAAUCAACACAAUAUCGAUCGCUUGCAAAAUCGAUUCCGGAUAUGAAAGUGUAGCAUCGUGAAAAUCAACACGAUUAAAUUUUAGUGAUUUUUCAGAGCACGAUAUAAUGACAAGCAGUUGCAAUUUUUGCGAGAACCCUAUUCAAGACGCCGUUCAGCCGGUGCAAAUAGUUUCAGAUCUCGAUGUUCCAAUUUUGGAAAUAGCAGCGAAACACUUUUGGUUUACUAAAUCUGAGUUACAAUCAUUUUACAUUUGCCACUCAUGCCGAGACAAAUUGCUAUCAUUUCAUCAGUUCUAUUGCCAAGUUCAAAAGCUCUAUCCCAACGAUGUCACCACGAAGCACAUCGAGAUCGAACCUCUAAGUAUUAAAAAAGAAGUGAUACAUUCAGAGGACACGGAUUAUUCUGACAAUGACGAUGUACCACCAGCUAAACCACUAGUAACCGAUGAUGACAUUCGCUUUUUCUGCCCAAUGGAAUGCCCUGUCUGCUCGAAGAAGUUUAAGAAAUUUGACAUUCUCAGAACUCAUUGCCGCCAAGUUCACGAACAGAGAUGCCCUUACGUUUCCUGCUGUGGUGCUCGGUAUGAAACGUUGAAGAAGCUUCAAGAGCAUAUUCUCUUUCACAUUAACCCUGCGGCUUUCCGUUGUGAACUAUGUAACAAAAACCUGAAAACAAUGCAAAAUCUAAUCCAGCAUCGGAAAGUAGUUCACGUUCCUCGAGACGAUAAUUCUUUCAACUGCAAAUUAUGUCCGGAAAAGUUCACGGCUCGUUAUAUGUUAUAUGACCACAUGAAGUACCAACAUACAGGUGACAAAAAUAUCGAGUGUGGUCACUGCUCGAGACGGUUCUUCGAUAUGAGAAAACUUUCGGACCACAUGCGGUACAAGCACCAAAAAGGGAACGAAAUCAUAUGUGACAUUUGCUCCAAAGUGUUCACAUCGAAGAGCAAUUUUGAGAGACACCAGUUAUCAUUCCACAACGACGCCAGAGUGAACUGUCCAUUGUGCAAAAAAUCACUAAAGAACGAAUAUUCCCUGCAAGCUCACAUGGAACGACACCGAGAGGCGACGAUGGACAUCAAAUGUGAGUUCUGCGAUAAACGAUCGCCGACCGUGAACGCCAUGAGGCAGCAUGUGCGGGCUGUUCACACCAAUCAGGAGCGAAACUACAAGUGUACGUACUGUGACAAAGCAUUUCUGCGAAAGAAUAACUUGAAGACGCACAUCACGAUCCACACGGGAGAACUGCUGUACGGUUGUGAGUCCUGUGAAAAGCGGUGCCGAACGGCGGGCAAUUUGUAUGCGCAUCGGAAGAAGUACCACCCCGAAGAGUUCGAAAAGCAGCGAUUGGAAAAGCUGACGUCUUUAGAUGAAUAACUAUUCGUAGUCGGAUUAUAAACUAUCUACCUCUUCAGUGAUGAUGUAUCUUUUAUUGGAUUAAAACUGUAUCUGUAAAUUUUGAUAGACAAAACGACUAUGCGAAAACGAUUUAUCUGUCUAAUGGUUAAACUCUAACCUCAUCCCACCUGCAUAAUAUAGAGCUAAAUGUCGCUGUUCUUAUUCUAUGCUCAGACAAAUAAAUUUAAGAAAUUCAGAAAA